ACAUUCCUAUCCUCCUCCUCUCCAACCAGACUUUCUCCGAGCGCUACCAGCUUCCUUCCAUCCUCCUUCCUUCGCCGCCGAGGUUUCCUUCGAUCGGGAGCGGUGGCGUGUUCCCUGGUUAUCCGUGCGUUUCCGUUUGCAUGGGGCUGGACGUCGGCGAGAUCGGGAUGCCCCUCGACCUGGGCCUCGACCUCAAGCUCUUCGUCGCCAAGACCGCCGGCCGGCUGGCCGCCGCGGCCAAGGAGGCGCCCGCCGUCGACGCCUGCAUCCGCGGCCUCGAGGAGGAGCGCCGCAAGAUCGAGGUCUUCCGCCGCGAGCUGCCGCUCUGCGCCCGCCUGCUCGCCGAUGUCAUCGAGUUCAUGAAGGAGGAGGCGGCCAAGAGGAGCGAGCGCCGCGACGCCGACGACAACGACAAGCGGAAAUGGAUGAGCACGGCGCAGCUCUGGGUCGACAGCCGCGCCACCGACGCCGCCGAUCCCGUGAAGGAGCAGAGGAAGGAGAGCGCCCUGUCCAAGCCGAUGCUGCUCGGCGGUGCCAUCGGUGCGCCCAUGGCAGCCAGCUGCCGUGCAAUGCCGCCGCCGGCGGCUCCCCAGUACUUCGGCAGGGACGACAAGAUUGUUGGCACACAAGGCCUGCCUGCUCUGCCCAUGAUUUCUCCGGCUGCGAACAGGCAGUUUUCUCCCCCUGUCGACGACCGCCAUCAGGCUAUCGCCGCAAAAUUUGCUGCCCCCAUGCCACCCCCGGGGCCUGGCUUGCAGACUCAUGACCAGCAGUCGAGGAAGACAAGGCGGUGCUGGUCGCCGGAGCUUCACCGGCACUUUGUUGCCGCCUUGCACCAACUCGGUGGCCCUCAAGUUGCCACUCCAAAGCAAAUCAGGGAGAUGAUGAAAGUUGAUGGCCUCACCAACGAUGAAGUGAAAAGCCACCUCCAGAAAUACCGUCUGCACAACCAGAGGUGCCCUAGCUCUUCUUCAGCCAGCCAUCCGGUUAUGCUGGUGGGCGAUCUCUGGGCUCAUCAGGAGCAAAGCAGCUCGCAGUCCCGGUCCCCUGAAGGCCCCCUUCAGCUCUCUGUUUCAGGGGUGGCCGUCUCGGCACUCACCGGCAGCGACAGUUCCGAGGAAGACGGCAGGUCGGUAGGCUAUAGCCGGAGGUGAUCUGAAGGCUUUGGGACUACCGUCGGAGAUUUUCAUGAGAGAGGUAGAGAUAGCUUUGCGGCAUGGAUGACAAUAACGGCAUGCACUCUCGAUCCAGAGGGUGUGGUGCAGGCCAUGGAUCCAGGGAUAUUGGGCGUUGAUCCCACGCCCAAAAAAUGAACUGAUCAUGGCCUUGUUCUUGUGAUGUACAUGAGGCUUUGUUUCGCGAGCGCUUCGGGCAGACCACCAAUUUUCGCCCCGAGAAAAUACUUACAUACAUAUAUAAAUGAGAUUCGAAUAUUGUUCAGUUGUUGCUGUGUUGAGAACUUGAGAUGAUGAAUAAAGGUGCUACAGUUUUUGCUA